AAGGCAGGGGGUGAACACACAAAUCGAGCCACUUUCGACGCCAGCUUCAGUAUUACCACCCUAUUUUUUUUAGGAUUCUGUCUAGAGCUGGCGGCAGGAAGCAAGAGAACCUUUAAUCAACGAUUGCCAACACAACCUUCAUUCCUUGCCUGAUAAACUAAACACAAAUAUUAUACUUAGAUAUACCGGCCGACACACAUAUUAUGCAAACAAUAUGUUAACAAGAUAAAAAUUAAAUCGACAGAGGAUUGCCACUUCUGUAUAAACAAGUACAUCCAUAGAAAUGGCGGUUAGAAUAAUACACCUCACUUUGUGGAUCAUAUCUGCAUUUGUUCUCCACUUCUUUUCAGGGAUAUAUGGUGAGGUUCCUGAUGACACUGUCUACACCGAGUUACACGAAGAUGUUAGAAUAGGAGAGAGUGUAGUCCUGACAUGCCGGUUUCGAGGUUCACCAUUGGCUGUCUAUUGGAAGAAAGGUGAUGACCCAAGAAGGGCACCAAACCUUAUAUCAUGGAUACCUACUGAUAACGUCACUGGUAAAUGUGAAGGUCAAAGGCCAUGUGAGAUCAUGGAGAUGAAUGAGAAUCGUUCCUUGGUCAUUAAAGAGGUCAGUAUGGCCGAACAAGGUCGAUAUAUCUGCAGAGUUUCCAACUACAAGGGGUACUUAAUACACAACUUCACAGACAUCAGACUGUUUUCUCCUCCUAUGGAACCCUACCCAAUCAUCAACCAGUGUCAGAGAAAGGAAAGUUCUAUGAAUUCUACUUCUCCUCCAAAGGGUUGCAGGAUUGCAACCGACACGAUUGUAAACAUCACAUGCUCAGUCUUCGGAUUCUACCCAUAUAUCAACCUCUUCUUCCUUCAUGGGUUUUCAAAGGUAACCAACUUUAAGAGUAUUGAGUGGGAAAAUGAAGACGGUUCAAAGAAUAAGACCAUAUUAAUUGAAGCUAGAGUCAGUGACCUGCCAUAUGUAUGCAUUGCGUCAGAUAUACCUGGUUCAAAAGAGGAGAGAGCUGGUGAGAUAUUCAUAGAUCCAGUCCCUUCAGAUGAGACAACCGCCGCCAAUCCCGAGAAGGGUGAUGAGAAAAUUGGCACCAAUCCCGCGAAGAUUGUGGUACCAAUCCUACUGAUACUUGCAGUCGCCACGAUAGGCAUGGUACUCUUGUGGCGGAGAUCAAGGAAACGGCAGGCCAGACGUAACAUUGGUAAAAGUGAUGUCGAGGAGUCAGAGCUAUUGGUGCAAAUAAUGAAAGUACAAGGGGUUGUCUCUUUUUAUGAACUGUGGCUACUGGCCUAUGACACUCCGAAAGAUAAGAUGGCGAAUGUAUAUACUGCUCUUGUUAAGCUGGGUAUUACCAAUAUCAAGAGACAACUGGAUAGCGGACUUGUGUAUGAUGCUCUUUGUGAAUGGAAAGAGAGAUCAUAUGUACGUGACCAACCACAGAUGUUAAGAGAUGCCUUAGAGGUCGUGGGCCUUGAGACUAGAUGGCAAGAGAUUUAUGACCAAGUACGACAUGUCAGUGAUUCUAACAAAGUACCAGAAGGAACAUUCGAACAAAUCCUGCUUGACUUGAAAGGCAAAAAAGCAAUAAAAAAGUUCAUAAAUAACUUGUUUCCACGAGAAAGUAUAGUUACAGAAACUGUGACAACCAUUUCAACUCAUGACAGUGAAGAGGACAAGGAAAAGACUGCGAGUCAAGAGGACAAGAUGGACAUGGAAGACUCAGCUUCCGCCAAAGAAAUCACGCAAGGAGAAGUCGCCAAGACAACGUUAGGUGCUGAAUACAUUGAAGGCAUGCGAAAGUUGAAGGAAUUGAAUAAAUGCCCUUUCAAACAGAAUCCGUUUGUUCUAGUUAGUCGUGCUCUCGAGAGAGCAGGGUAUCUCCAUAUUUCAAAGAGCUUUUUUGAUGGCCCUGUAUCAUAUUAUGAGCUUAGAUCAUUAAUGUACGAUGUAAACACAGCUAGCCUAGAGAAGUUAAGACAAACAAUUUGCAAGCUGGGACCCGAUGAGACGAAUACACUUGAAUUUGGACCACAACAAAUCUAUGACUCACUAUGUCAAUGGAAAGAGGGCCACCCUCAUGUAGACCAAGGAAAGAUAUUACAUGAUGCGCUUUUAAGAGCCGGGCAUGAUAAGGCAUGGUUGAAAAUCCUUGAGCAAAGAAAGGAUAAUUCAGAUGUAUCUGAAAGUACAUUCAAGCAGAUACUCCGUGAUGUCAAAGAUCCAGCAAAGAUCAAACAGCUCCUGCAAAAGCUAGACCCAGACUUAGCUAAAGAUGUUGUUCCCUCCAAUAGAAUUAUAUUGCUAAGCCGUGCCUUGGAGAAUGCUAACUGCAAGCCAGUUGACAGGACAUUUUUCUACGAAAAAAUUUCCUACUUAGAACUAUGGUCAAUAGUUCAUUUCGACUAUGAUACUGGUGCGAUAACGUUACCAUUACGUGAGGCUUUAAAGGCAAUGGGAAUACUAGGUAUCGGAGAGACAAUUAGCCAGUAUGAGCUUUAUCAUCUUCUUUGCAAAUGGAAGGAAGAACACUCUAAUUGCGACCAACGUCUGGUGUUCAAAGUUCAUUUGCUUAACGAAGGACUUCAAAAAGAAUGGGAAAAUCUCAGUGAUCUAAGGUGUGGAACAGACCGGAUCAUUGCUAAUGAUACACUGGAACAAAUAUUGUGGCACUUGAAAUCUCCAGGAAAGAUCAACGACUUUCUUUAUAAGCUGACUAAUACCGACCAAGAAACAAUACCUGAAGAUUCAAAUCCUUUCGAUAACAUCAGGAUUGCUCUAGCUAGAUUAGAGCUAUGGAAGAAGGGCCCCAUUACUAAACAUCCUGUGAUUUUGUUGAGCGACGCGCUGGAAUCAGCAGAGUGCUCUAACCUUGCCAUGGCUUUCUUUCAGGUACCAGUUCAUCUCCAAAAGUCUAUUGGGGAUGAAGAAGUAAGUGAAUUCGUCCGCAGACUUACAGGCAGGCAUCGCAAGCGAUUGGCAAACGAGACACCACUGACUGAAGACAAGAAAAUAUCAAACUUUGCAGAGGAAAACAAUGAACAGUUGUUUGAUGCAAAAUCUAUGGUUCGAGACUGGAUUGAAAGUGAACAAUGCAGUAAUUAUGACAGGAGAUGUAAACUGGAUGACAUGCUGAUCAAAAUUGGUCGACAUGAUAUGACAGAUUUUUUCGGCACAAUUCAGUUUCGGCGAAAUACAGAUCCCGAACUAUCGGCAAAAGUGCAUCCGGAGUCAAAAGUAUUCCAUCUUGCGACGAUUUUUGACGAUGAUUUGAUCCGAUUAAGAAUGCUAAUGACUUGCCUUGACGAAGACAUGAUGGAAAGGAUGUGCGAGAAAGUAGGUUUACCUCCAGAUGUAGAAGGAUCGAACAAGCAUAGUUUCGACAUUAUGUAUAUUCGACGAUGGAGAGACAGUCACCUGCAGUAUACAGUAAGAGAAGUCUUCUCAGAAAUAACUGGAUUCAUGACGAAUAAAACGAAAGUAAACUUUGUAACGGAUGAAGAACUUGAUUGGCUGGCGUUUCAAGUGACAACCGACGUCAAGGUGGAGAAAUGUGCCUGGAAAAGAUCAAAGAUGUUUGCAAAAAAACUAAGGGCUACACACAGCUUAUUGUCUGAAGAGCAGAAUGGAGAGUCUCAACCUAAGUUUGAGCGAUUACACUCACAAGAAGGAGCAGUCGAAGAAACAGCAGGUUCCCACAAAGAAUCGCAGGAAGAAGAUACAUCAUCGGAUGCUCUGCUGCAACAACUGAAGUUAUGGAGAAACAAGCAUAAAGAGAAGAAAUGUCGAAAGUCAUUGAGAUCAGCUUUGAAGCAUGUAGGGCUAGAAGAAUGCAUCGUAAAAAAGACGCCACGGGAAAAGGUGUAUGAAGUAGAGAUUGUACGAGCAGCCUUUCACAUAUUGAUGAGAGACGUUUACCCCGUCAUAGAAGCUCUGAAUAUAAACCAAAAGACGAUUUCGAAGUACAUGAGCCAGUGUUCUGUUCUAGACAAAGGAUCAAUGGAUCUUCUGUUCAAGAUUUGCAAAGGGACGGACAAAUCGGGAAGCUACAAUCGUCUUGAUUUCUGUGUAAAGCUCACAAAUAUGGGUUAUGUCGAUGUUGCAAGAUCUAUAUAUUUAGAUCACGAGAUGAGUAAAAGUGAGUUAGCUAGUAUUGCCUCCGUACUGCACAGACGGGACCAAACAAAGUUUGAGCCUCUUAUUCAUAAAUUGGAUUUGAGACCUGGUGAACUUCCAGAAGAUCAUGGAGCACAGUUUGAGACAUACUGUUUAGAAGUGCUAAGGACUUGGAAGGAGAAGAUCAGACCCGUUCUUUAUCACUACAGACGGCACAUCGUUGAGGGUCUCCAAGCAGUUGAAUGUUCUGAUCUUGCUGAUGAAGUUCUGACAGGCCUUUAUCGACAUGAAUAUCCCGACGAAGAUGUCAUUGAAGAUAUCUGCAGUAGACUUGAUGACGGUCAGAUACGAAAUCUUGUUCGAAUCCUGAAACUUAAGCCUGAUCAUGAUGAACAAGAUCGGAAAAAAUCUACCAAAUUGAUUGUCCGCUGGGCGGAUAAGUGGAUGAGAAAGUAUGAUUCCUCGGCUAUAUCAUUUAAAGAGAGAAGAUCAUUAAACGAUGAGCUUGUUAGAGAGGGGUUUUACGAGUUAGCCCAUGAAAUAAUGAUACUAGAAUAUUCCAAGUUCUAAUAUAGGAAUAUCAUGCUCAGUUUAUUGUCUUUAUUGUUAGCUAUUGAUUGGUUCUGUUUCAUCUGUUUAUAAUGUGAAAUCUACAUUUGAUGCAUGAAUUUGAUAAUUUCGUCCGUGUUUUAUUUGUUAUCAUUCAACAAGUGUUAGCUCGCGUUUCCGUGUUCAAAAUGUAGAAUUGACGCCAUUGUACAAUUGCGUGUUGACAUGAAAAUAUGUUCGUUCUUUAUAAACUUUUUAAAGAAAUUUGAUUAGUCUUAUGUUUCAUGAAAGCAAGAAUAUAAUGAAAAACAUGAAUUGAUCACUGAUCAAAUGAUGAGUCCAGUACCCCUCCAGGUAACGUUAAUUUCUCGAUCCAUUUGAGCAUGAGUAUUAAUAAUAAUUUUAUGACAGCUUUUUAAUAACUACCUUAAACCAUGUAAAUAGCGUUCGAAAAUUAACCAAAAGAGUGAUAAAACUAAGUUGCAUUAUUUGCACUUAGUUGUAAUCCCAGUUUUAACCGCAGCCAAUGCAAGAAUGUGAUGGGAAUGAGGACGGAAAGAUAAGUUGUAGCAGCAGUAGUAGUAGCUAAGUAGCGGAUACAAUAACAUGUGCUUUUAUAAGAGAAUGGUGUUUAAGUAUGAAUGUGUCAUCAAAGUUGUUGCUGCAGCUUUCAUAAAUGAAUGCAAUACAACUAAAUCGCAUUAAUCAUUCGAAUGUUUAGAUUAAGGGUAGGCGCAAUAUGAUUUCAAUCAGUAAGACUUCACCAUUGUUGAUUUAUUCCCACCACUUUCUUGCCUUAUUUUCUGUAUACAUAUUGUGCGAAAGACGGUGAGCAAUGAUGACUGUGUAAUGUAAGAAUAUGUUUUGUGCAUACAAAAUAUCCGUAAUUUUAUUUUAAAACAGGCAAUUGUGUAUCUCUAAAAUAGUGAAAAGGCUGCUUCUUUAACUAAACGUAUAUUCUACGAUUAAAAAGUAGGUAAAGAGGUUAGAUUAAAAUUUUCUCACCAUAAUAAUAGAGCAAGCCCAUGGGAUCACUUAUUCUAAACAGUUUUUUUUUCAAACUGUUCGAUUAUUUUCCAUUGUGGUUAAACCAACUAGAAUUCCAGUUUCUUCUUUACAGACAUUUGGAAUCUAAUACGGGAUUCCGUCUCAGAUAAUACAAAUGCCUACUCUUUGAGCGAUGGUUAAGGCAUGGUCUAAGUCUGUGCAUAAAUUAUGGAAGGCAAAACAUGUCAAAACUUUGCAGAUUGUUUCUUCUCAUGAUGAAUGAGGAAGAAAAUAAAUGUGAUUGCAUUUUUUUUCACAAUACGUUUAUUGGCGAAUUCGCUGAGUAAAAAAGAAAUAAACUUAUCCUGGUUGGGCAUCUUUUUGCUAUACACACCAAAGAGUUAGACUGCGGUGUAAGAUUGACCUCAGGUCAAAAGCACAAGAUAUAUACCUGUUUGUUGUACAUUGUUGGUGUGUGUGGGGUGCGUCUGCAUGUGUGUUUCACUUCAUUUUGAUAGGCCCUGGAUGCAUGUUAUUUUAAUUUCAAUGAAUUUCUAAAUAUUACGUUGUAUUAACUUCGUGAUUUGCAAAGAUUGCAGAAUCAUAUAUAUUGCAAAAUAGUUAUGGGAGGAUAUUUUACAAAAUCGAUCAAAAUCAAUUUGGUAAUAUAAGAAAUUUGUCUCCACGUCAUCUUAUCGGAUUACUACAUGCUUUAUACGGUAACGCUGAAAAGCCUCUCUCUGUAUCUACAAGUUUAUUGACUGAUAUUCUCGAAAGCUUUUGAUUGAAUCAAUUAUAAUUUGCUCGUCAAUAAAUUAUUAAACCUUCAUGUUCGACCAUGUGUAUAAAGGAAGCAUGUUCCCAUUAGCAAACCCUGAAAAAUAUCAGACCAAAAUGAAUAAAAACAAGGAAGUUACGGCCAUUUUACGAUUUUCCUACUUUGCAUUUCAAUAAAUAUGAAUUUGUUUUAAUGUAGACUAUUUCGGAUUUGAAUAAAUCUGUUUGGUAAUUGAUUUCCUUGAUAGUCGUCAUCAGGUUGUAAAGUAUAAAGGCCAAUUAUCUGAUCUUAAACAUAAUGGUGUAGGUGUGCCACAAGGGACUAAACUUGGCCCGAUUCUGUUUCUUGUUAUGAUAAACGAUGCCUGUAGAAAUUCUAGUAUGUCAUAUUUCAAAUAUGUAGACGAUAUGACGCUAGUAGAAUGUAGAUUAAGAUCGCACACACCACAGUUGCAAGUUCAGUUACAAUGUCUUCAUUCAUGGACCUUGGCAAAUAGUAUGAAAUUAACCCCAUUGAAAAGCUGUUCAAUGUCAUUUUCUUUCUCUAAGUAACCUUUACAACCAUAGGUUUUUUCGUAUUGAUGGCAUCCCAUUACCUUCUGUUAAUGUAGUCAAGAUACUUGGCGUCAUGGUCCAAGCAGACCUAAAAAGGAAUGCUUAUGUAAAAGAAACCGUC